AUUAAUAUCGCUUGUGAACACCAAUUUGCUUCUCACCGAUUUUAGGCAAUCGGAAAUACCAGAAUUCGCCGGGAGUGCUGUCGUAAACGCAUGAAAAUAAACGCCCUAUGCACGAUCUAUCUAAUCAAAACUAUCUGACAGAUUCUGUGUGACAGAUACAGUUGUCAAAACAGGUUCAAAGUUGUGUCCGUAAAAAUGGCGUAAAGCUUUUUGUUGGUCAAAAUAUAAAUAUUUGCAGGGUGUGGCCGAUUAAUUAACGUAAAUAAACAUUAGAGGAAUGUGUUUAGAACUGGCUAGGAGAAUAUCGAUAUCAGUCAGACUUGAUAGUGAUUGAGAGGAGCAAGAGAAUUUUAGAAACCUGAGGCAUAACUGACCCAGCAGCGAUUUAUGAGUAAUUUCCUAUUUAAAACACUGGCUAAUUGGUAAAGAUGAAACAAAAAGAAUCUAUUGUUUUGCUAAAUCUACAAAGUAAAUAGAAUAUGUCGAGACUUGCCGAUUAUUUUGUCAUUGUAGGAUAUGAUUACCAAAAAGAAAGAAGUGGAUUAAUCUUACAGCGAUUCCCUGAAAAGGAUUGGUCUGAUACCCCUUUUAUUGACGGAAUAGAAUGGUUCUGCCAACCCCAAGGAUGGACCCUUUCCACAGAGCGCCAAGAGCCACGAUUCUUUGUGUCUGUACUCACAGACGUAGACGCAAACCGCCAUUAUUGCGCUUGUCUUUGCUUCAAUGAAACCGUCGCCAUUACGCCCAGCAAGCCUGUUGACGAGGAAGAAGAUGCUGUAGACGGGGAAACGCCGCUAUUAAAACCAAUAAUUCCAUCGAUAUUACACAGCAGUAUAAUGUAUGCUCCUAAGUGUUUAGUUUUGGUCUCUAGGUUGGACUAUAUAGAAACUUUUAGAAACUGCCUGGGCAUAAUCUACUGUGUUUAUGUUGAAAAUAUGCCUGUACCAUUAGAAACUUUAGUCGGUAACAUUUUGGGCUGCAUCCAAGUUCCUCCGCCAGGGGGGCCGCAAGUUAGAUUUAGCAUUGGUGCUGGUGAUAGACAAGCUCUGCAGCCUCCAUUAUCGCCCUCCCUUCCUGUUACCCAUACGUCCGUUAACUUGCUCUUCCAGCAGUUGGGAAUUCGGAACGUCAUUACUCUCUUCUGUGCCAUAAUGACGGAACACAAAAUACUCUUCCAUUCUAAAAGUUAUAAUAGGCUCACUGAGGCAUGCAGAGCGUUAACAGCUUUAAUGUACCCCUUUAGAUACACUCAUGUUUACAUACCCCUGCUUCCAGCUCCUCUGGUUGAAGUUUUAUCUACCCCAACUCCUUUUAUAAUGGGGGUGCAUUCUUCUUUGAGGUCAGAAGUUGCUGAAUUGAUGGACGUAAUUGUGGCUGACCUUGAUGGUGGUUCUAUUCUAAUACCAGAUGGCAUAUCUGUGCCGUUGCUCUCUGAACCUUUAUUGAACCAAAUUCAGGAAGCGCUAAGUUUGAUUUUGCAGCCUGAGUUAAGUUGCGCUGAUCAUGCUUUUCCACCAUUGGCAUUACGUGCGCCUCAACCUGUAAUGCUUGACAAGGAAAUCCGCGCUGUGUUUAUGAGGACUUUUGCCGAAUUACUUCAAGGGUAUAGAAGUUGUUUAACAUUGAUUAGGAUACAUCCGAAACCGGUUAUUACGUUCCAUAAAGCGGCGUUCUUAGGUGAAAAGAAUUUACGUGACUGUGAUUUUACCACGAGAGUGUUAGACUGCAUGUUCUUUACUAGUUUUGUAUCUGAAAGGGGACCACCUUGGAGACCUUGCGAUGUUUGGGAUGAGCUAUAUAGCAACUUGAAUGACCUGUUUAAAAAAGAGAUGCAGCGCGUUUGUUUUCAGGAUCCUAGGUUAGUUAUAGUGCAUAUCCAAGAACUUGCGACACAAUUAUAUACAAACGAAAAUCCCAAUCCUCAGUCUUACGCACAAAAAAUUCCAGUGCCUCCUGAUGGUGCUUUUGCUCGAAUACAUCAACCCACCUUGCCUAAAAUCGACACUGACUUAGUUCAAGUGAUUAUUAACGAGGGCAUGUCUAAAAACGAUCUUAAAACCAGUGAUGAUCUUAGUUGGCUCUCUUCUCUAAGACCAAUUCAACCCAGAAUAGUACCCAUGGGGCCGCACAUAUUAAAUUUAAAGGACAAUAAAAAUAUUGUCAGUAAUUCAGCACGAAGAUUAGAGGUGUUGAAAAAUUGUGUAAGUUGCAUAUUUGAAAAUAAAAUAUCGGAUGCUCGAAAGACAUUUCCAGCCGUUCUAAGAGCAUUGCAGUCCAAACAAGCCCGAUUGGCCUUGUGCAACGAAUUAUCUCAGCAAGUUAGUGGAACCAAAGCUAUGUUAGAAGAUCAGCAGUUUGAUUUGGUGGUUAGAUUGAUGAAUUGCGCCCUACAGGACGACAGUUCCAUGGAUGAAUAUGGUGUUGCUUACGCUUUACUUCCAUUGGCAACUAUUUUUUGCAGAAAACUUUGUACCGGCAUUAUACAAUUUGCUUAUACCUGCAUUCAGGAACAUUCCGUUUGGCAGAAUCAACAGUUUUGGGAAGCUGCAUUUUACCAGGACGUACAAAAAGAACUGAAAGCGCUCUACACCUCCAGGGUGGAAAAACACGAAAUUCUCAGUCCUUUAUCACCGAGAGAUAAGGAUUUGACAUGGCACAGGCGUUCAAUACUGAAAAUGCAAGAAUCCUCAGCAUUAGAAAUUGCAGCAGAACAGAUGAGAAUAUGGAACUCAGUGAAUCCAGAAAAGCAAAAAGAGUUGAUCACUUGUGAAGAAAAUACAAUGUAUAGCCAGGCCAUUCACUAUGCCAAUAGAAUGGUCUAUCUUCUAAUUCCUUUAGAUAUAGGAAAUAAGGCGAGUAAGCAGGACACGUACGAUGAUGAACGGGCAAGCAAUAGUAUUGCCAACAGUGUUAUUUACAGUGUUGCAGAAAGUGACAGCGCAGACGCCGAAUCUGGCUUUGAAGAUCAAGAUCCUAGCGAAACUGGCAGUACUGUUAUUCGGAUUGUUUCACGAUUCAUUGACAGAGUUUGUAACGAAGGGGGUGUAACAAGAGACCACAUUAGAAAUCUUCACCAAAUGAUUCCAGGAGUAGUUCACAUGCACAUAGAAACGUUGGAAGGUGUAUAUAGGGAGUCGAAGAGACGUCCACCCAUCCAGAAACCAAAGAUCUUAACUCCGAACUUGUUGAUGGGAGAGCAGCUAAUCAUGGAUGGCUUACGGGUAUAUCUGCUUCCAGAUGGAAGGGAAGAAAGCAUUCCGGGUCUCUUGGGAAUACCGCCUCUCUUACCUUCGGAGGGUGCCAUUUUCUUGACAAAUUACAGGAUUAUUUUCAAAGGAACACCGUGCGAUUCGUUUGCUUGUGAGCAGAUUAUAGUUCGAUCAUUCCCAGUCACGUCUUUGACCAAAGAGAAAAAAGUAGCUGUCCAAUAUUUGGCGCAUUUAGAUCAAUGGCUUCAAGAAGGGUUACAACUGAGGUCAUGUACGUUUCAAUUAAUGAAACUAGCCUUUGAUGAGGAAGUGACUGCAGAACACAUAGAUAAUUUGCGAAAGCUGUUGCACAAAACCAGACAUCCUCCAAACUUCUGGCAUUAUUUCGCAUUCGCUGGACAAGUGACUGUUAAUGAAACGCCUCUGCAUAAGAACAAAGAAAAGAACGCCACAUUGAAAGGCUUUGCGAAGAAAACUCUCCUGAAAACGGCAAGAAAGGCAGGUUUAAAACCGAAAUCGUCAUCUAAGAAACAGAAAUAUGUGUUUCCAAAUGUUACGAUUAAGAACACCAAUAAAUACAUGACAUCUCCAGGCAGAAUGAGUCUGCCGCUCGAAGAUUUUGGAAAUGACGAUGACAUUUCCAUUGAUGAUUUUGAAAACAACCCCAUCCCGGCCACUCCAACGCUAACAGAUGCCAAAACUUUAGAGCGGAUGGUGGAAAGAAGCUAUGUGAGAGAUUGGAAAAGGUUGGGGGUGUGUAAUAAUACAUCUCCGCUUAACACUAAAGGGGCUCCGGAUCAGUUUCGGUUAACCUCUGUGAAUUCCAUGUAUUCAAUGUGCAGAAGUUAUCCUGCUUUGUUGGUGGUUCCUUCGACGAUAACAGAUGAAAGUAUAAGACGAUUCUGUAGGUGUUCACGACAAGGACGAAUACCCAGUAUUACAUGGAGACAUCCCAGAACGAAAGCUUUGCUCUUACGAGGUGCUGGACACCACGGCAAAAGUGUAAUGGGAAUGUUAAAAAGCCACCCCACUCCCAAUGCUUCGACAGAGUCUACCUCAUCUAAUGAGCAUGAAAAGUAUUUUUCAGCUAUAGUCAAUGCAACACCAAUAUUCUCGCACAGACCUGGUUGGGCAAUGUCAGACAGUUCUUUAAGCAUCGACUCGUUGUUGCUGGCUGCAGAUGAUCCCUUGGCUUGUGCCACAUUAACACCCGAAGUAGCCAGGAGAACAAACGCUUUUAACAAGGCAAUAGGAACUUUAGGCGGUUUUCCAAGACAUUCCGGAGGGAAGGGGCCAAAGAAUUUUGGGCGAUGGGGUUCGCUCAAAGACCGAAGGCAGUCAUCGCAAGCGUCCUUAGCACAAGGACAACAAGCCAGAGCCACAAUGAGACACUCCACUGAUUUGGAUAAUAAUGCUGAUACUGUUCAUACGUUUCAAAGGGCGGCCUUGUACAUAUUAGGAGAAAAGGCUCAAAUGAAGGGUAUCAGAGUAGAAUCAGCGCCAAAAACUGAUUUUAUUCCAGUGGACUAUUACGACGUUAGACACACGAAGGCCGCAUUCAAGAAGUUAAUGCGCGCUUGCAUCCCUAGUUCCCAAAAUCAAAACGUCGAACCAGAACAUACAUUUCACAAACUGAUCGAAAACUCGGAAUGGCUACAGCAAAUUCAGAACAUAAUGCAACUGGCUGGGGCAGUAGUUGAUCUAUUAGACUUACAAGGUUCAAGUGUAGCUAUUUGCCUAGAAGAAGGUUGGGAUAUUACGCCUCAGGUUUCCUCUGUGGCGCAAUUAUGCCUUGACCCACAUUACCGCACAAUCGAAGGUUUUCGAGUAUUAGUUGAAAAAGAAUGGAUUGGUUUUGGCCACAGAUUCAGUCAUAGGAGCAAUUUGAACGCCAAUUCUCAAGCCAGUGGUUUUGUACCGACUUUUCUUCAGUUUUUGGACGCAGUGCACCAGAUUCAGAAGCAAUACCCAUUGGCUUUUGAAUUCAAUGAUUUUUACCUGCGUUUUCUAGCAUAUCAUUCGGUAUCUUGCCGCUUUCGGACGUUUUUAUUCGAUUGUGAAGCCGAAAGAGUGGAGUCUGGCGUAGCCGCUGUCGAGGAUAAACGUGGUUCUUUAACGUCCCACCAUAAAACUGUAGACACAACUUCCGAUGAUGAAAAUAUUUAUCCCGGUGGACGAUUAUGCGGAACAAGUCUCGGAAUUAAUUUGGGACAGAGCGUUUUUGACUACAUUGAAAAACAACAUGCAAGGAACCCGCUGUUUUUCAACUUUAUGUACACCCCUGACUUUGAACAUCCAGUUUUGAGACCGCAGAGUCAUCUUCCAUGUUUAGAAGUUUGGAAUUACUACUUGGAUGAGAAUUUACAUCAUGGCCCGAGCUAUGAUCCAGAAGUCAUUCAAAUGGAUACGCAGCAAGAAGAAGAGGCAGAGGCUGCUGAUGGGUCAAGUAAAUCUUCUAGGAAAAAUGUCGCGCUUGGGUACGAUUGCGUUGACAAAGUAGUUCCUGACGCGUUUAGUCAUCUGCUUGAAGAAAUCCAUAAAUUGGAGACUGAACUGGGACAUCUUCCUCAAAAGUGGAAAGUUCUGUGGGAUAAACUUGACCUGCCAAUGAUCGACUCGUUAACACGACAUGCUUCAUUUAGUACAGCUCUAGUGAGAUCGCAUGGUAGACUGGUACAUAAGCGCUCCACUUUAGAAAUAUUAAUGAGGGGCAAAAUGGUUGGAGCUGCUGAAGCUUCUUUGGUAUAUUCCCAUCCACAUCGUUUCGAGAAGUACAACUACACCACUCCUACUCAUUGCGAUUCGUGUUCCAAUCUGCUUUGGGGUCCCGUUAAGACCGGCAUGAGAUGCAUGGACUGUGGGUACAGUUGCCACGAGAAAUGUUCAGAAGGGGUUCCCAACAAUUGCACCAAGUACAAAGCGAUUUCUGACACAUCAGCUACUCAAACGAUGCAAGUCAGUGGCGGUGAUAAUGGUUCUGUUAGCUCAGGUAGCGCACGUCAAACGUCUAGUCAACAAUACUAUGAGCAGUUUUCUUCCAACGUCGCGGAAAACCGUACUCAUGAGGGAUAUCUCUAUAAAAGAGGUGCGCUCCUUAAGGGCUGGAAGCAGCGAUGGUUUGUGCUGGAUUCGAUCAAGCAUCAACUUCGCUAUUAUGAUGCAGUAGAGGAUUCUCAUUGCAAAGGUUUAAUCGAAUUAGCUGAGGUGAUGUCAGUAAGUUCAACUACUCCAGCUCCAGGGCCGCCAAAGAAAACUGACGACAAAUCUUUCUUUGAUCUACGAACUAGUCGUCGAACAUACAACUUUUGCGCGUCAGAUUCCACGUCCGCGCAAGAAUGGAUCGAGAAGAUCCAAGGUUGUUUGCAAUAAUUGAUAAUACUCCACUGAACCCAAAGAAAGGUUAGGUAAAUCAUUACAGAUCUUAUUUUAUUAUGUUAUUAGAAAAUCAGUUUUUGGGGGCAAUCCUGUGGGAAAAUGCACAUAGUAUAAGAUAAAAGUAAAUGUUGUGACCCAUUAUUGGAAUUAACAAAACCCUCGGGUACAUGUUUAUUAACAAAAGUUGGUCAAUUUAUGUUGGUUAUAUUAUUUAAAGAAUCUUGAUGAUUUUCCUUGUCAAUUCACUUUUCGAUUUGAAGUAAUAUGUUUAUAGUGUCAUUAUUUUGCUUCAAAAUCUGGAUGUUGUUCCCAGAGACUGUAUGUAAUUAGGUUAAAAUCAUAAGUGUUUCUUUGUAUUUAUUUAUGUUUAUACGGCACAAAUUAUGUUAUGUAAAAUUAAGUUUUGUAAUAUAAUUAAAUUUUAUAUUUUUUUAUGUAUCCGUUGCAUUAAAGCAAACAAAAAUGCUCAAAGUAAUAAAUCGUUAUGUCCUUUU